GUUUGAACUCUCUCUGCCUCAGGAAAGAUGCUGAUGUAGAGGAACAGACCGCAAGCUGAAACGUAUAUAUAAAAAAGUCAAGAGCAGAGAGACAAGAUGACGGCCAUCGAGAGUAAAGAAGAGAUCAGCGACACGGACAGUGGGAUUAUCCUACACUCCGGUCCCGACAGCCCCACGUCCCCAGUGAAGGACCUCACCACCCACACCAGAGCCCUGAAGCUGAAGCACCAAUCUCUGGAGGAGCGUUUGGAGAUCUGCCUGCUGGAGCUCCGAAAACUCUGCAUCAGGGAGGCAGAGCUGACAGGUGUACUGCCCUCAGACUAUCCAAUGAUGCCAGAUGAGAAGCCACCACGUGUUCGGAGGAGAAUUGGUGCUUCAUUCAAGCUGGAUGAAGGUCUGAUCCAUCUAGAUAAACAGGACUCAGAGUUGCAAGCGCUAGAAACUGAAUUGGCCCUUCAGCGGCAGAUUUUUGAGGCAGCCCGCAAACUCUCGCUUGAGGAGAACCUCAGUAAGCCACAGAAGAAGGGCCGGCUGCAGCAGUGCAAGAGGGAGGAGAAGAAAGUGAAGGAACUGCAGCAGGCCGUGUUCCAGCAUAGAAUCAAGAGUGAGUGCAACUCACCAAGUGUCAGCAGCCAGAACAAAGAUCUGUGCAUGUCUGAUGACAGCUCACUCUCCGAUGUGGUGGCUCUGGAUGAUGAUGUGGACAUAUCCAGCCCCCUUUCACCUCCAGUGUUGGAUGCUUCAUAUUCAGAUCCCCUUCAGCUGUCAGCCCAGACUGUGCAGACAUCGCACCAGUCCUCAAGCGAGCUCAGUGUGGAGCACGAGCCUGCUCCCAUCCAGAAUUCCCCUUGGAAGGAGUCCAGUCUGGACCAGCCUUACCAAAAGGCCACCAAACCUCAGUCUGCCUGCAGCAGCAGGUCCAGUAGCCCAGCAGCAGCCCAGGUGUCUGCAGAGAGCAUCAGGAUUCCUCUCACUCAGUUUGUCAAAAACUCUGCCCUGCGUCACAGCAGCUCCACCAGCGCCCCCUCCACCCCGGAGCUGUUCAUACGCCGGCAGUACUCCCAGUCCUUCAGACUUCCAAAAAGAAAGCCAUCUGACGUGGAGCGUUUCAGCUCAGAGAGCAGUCGAGGUCGAGCUAGGCUGCCCCAGCGACGCUGCGUGGCUGACUUCAUGGUGCGCUCUCCGGAGUACUCUCCUCUGCGUCCUUACCAGUCCGGCUCUGAGGACAGCAGCUCAGAGCACUCGUCAUCCUCUAGCAUUAGCUCUCCUGGCAGGGAGAAGCCGACUGAGAUCCCAAAGCUCUGCCCACCGCCUUACGGAUUCCACUUUGGAGCACAGAAGAAAGGAGUCUCUCAUUUCCCCAGUAUGCACAAAAAUACGAGCACCAGCUAUGUUAAGGCAGCGGCGGAAGAUGGACCCCUCUCCCCGCAAGCUCCAGACAUGGGGAAGUGCUUCAUCUCUACUGUGGCACGCAGCACUCAGCAACGACAGUGGCAGGAGGGGACACCUUCACCGAGAAGCAUCUUAAAGCCCCCUCCGCCUUACACCAGGCUCGUGCGGACGCCCUCGCUGAAAGAGUACCCAAACCACGCCGUGAGGCUGCUGCCCCGGGAGGUCGUAUCAGAGGAGCUGAAAUCGUGGCAUCAAAGGAAUCAGCUACAGAAGCUACUGCCAAGCUGCGGGGAACAGCAGAGCGUUACGAGCCCCAUUUCACCUCACCUGCCUCCUUUUGCACAGGGUUCAGGUAAUGUGGUUCUCCAGAGGGCUGUAGACGGGACUCCCCUUCAGUGGUUUGUAGCCGAGGAUGCUGAGAUUGUGAGCCAGGUGUAGCUGACACGCCUAAAACCCCCUGCAGUAUGAUGACUCAUUCCUUUAUUUAUUAAGUCUUUGGCCUCUCUGUGAGAUUGUUUGUUGACAUAAUGCAGAAAACGUGGACCUGUUGGUAUCACUGAUUAAUUUAAUGUAAGGUGGUAUGCCAGUUUUAUUUAUUUGGUAAGAGAUCUGAGGUGAAAUGAAUCUGAGUCCCUACAGUUUCAUAGCUUAUUUCAACAAAGACCAUAAACUUGCUGUUGUUUGAAGACCUUUUUUUGUGGCUGGAACACAUUUUGCACAUGCAGUUCACCCACAGUAGAUUUAAAAUAGCUUUCCUCAUUUCUAAUAUAAUUUGUGACUUAUAUUCUAUAUUUAUUAUUUAAAGACCCCCCCCCCCUUCCUUUGCAACAUAGACUUAUCACUAAAACUAUGAUACGCCACCUAUGAGCACGCACAGCAAUGAGUUUUUAAAGGUAUAUGUGUAGAUAUACAUAGUGAAAUCUGUCUGAUAAUGAUGUGAAGUGAGCUGAAUCUUAACAUUUGAAUCUUGCUUAUUAACUCCUAUUAACCACUGAUGCCUUUAAGGGCAAUUUUGGUGAAAGUUUUCACUGCAGUAUGGUGUUUCUUACUAACCGAGUGAUUGUAUCAGUUUUGAUA